AUGACGGCUGACAAUGAAAUGGACAUCAAGGAGGCGUUCCAGCGAGCACAGAGGGGCCACAACAACAAGGCUAAGCUAGUGGCGAGCCUCAAGAGCCGCUACAACAAGCUUGAGGACAAGACACUGUUCCAUGAGGAGUUUGUCCACUACCUAAAGUACGCAAUGAUCGUCUACAAACGCGAACCCAGCGUUGAGAAUGUCAUCGAGUUUGCUGCAAAGUUUGCCUCAAGUUUCCAGCCUCCACCCAAAACAGAAGAAGAGGAGCAACAAGAGGAGGAGGAGGAGGAAGCUGAAGAUGAAGAUGAUCACCCCUUUCUGAGUUUCAUCUUCAACUUCCUGUUAGAGUCUCACAAAGCAAACAGUCAUGCGGUGCGCUUCCGAGUGUGUCAGCUGAUCAACAAGUUGCUGGGCAGCAUGGCGGAGAAUGCCCAGAUCGACGACGAUCUCUUUGACCGCAUCCACCAAGCCAUGCUGGUGCGCGUCACUGACAAAUUCCCCAACGUGAGGAUUCAGGCUGCUUUGGCCAUGACUCGCCUUCAGCAGCCAAAGGAUCCCGACUGCCCCACCAUCAAUGCAUACUUGUUGAUUCUGGACAAUGAUGCCAACGCUGAGGUGCGACGGGCUGUUCUGUCCUGCAUAGCGAUGUCCCCGAGAACCCUCCCUAAAGUCCUCAAACGCACUCGGGACAUCAAGGAGAACGUCCGCAAGUUAGCCUACCAGGUUCUUGCUGAAAAAGUUCACAUUAAAGCUCUAACUAUCGCUCAGAGAGUCAGCCUGCUUCAGCAGGGUCUCCAGGACACCUCAGAGGCUGUGAGAGAGUUGGUUUGCAGUCGUCUCCUGCCGGCGUGGCUGCUUCGGCUGGAUGGAAACGUCAUCGAGCUGCUCCACCGUCUGGAUGUGGAGAACUGUGCAGAAACAGCAAUGGAUACGCUGAAGGCCAUUUUCAAAAGGACGCCUGCCGAGGAGCUGCCGCAGAACAGAGAACAGUUCGGCGACAGGAAGCUAAUCUCGUUGGACUCCCUGACCUGUGAAAAUGUGCUGUAUUGGAGGGCUCUUUGUGAGUUCUUUAAGGCUAAAGGAGAUGAGGGUGAUGAAAUGCUGGAGCAGGUGUUGCCGGAUGCUGCCACAUACGCUGAGUACCUCUGUAGCUAUCUUAAGGAGGUGCCCGUGCUGUCAGAGGAACAGAGGGCCGACUUCAACCAGCUGGAGAUCGUAAUGACCAAAGAGUUCAUCUCGCAGCAGCUCAUCCACCUCAUCCACUGCCUUGAUACAAACGAAGAGGGCGGCAGAAAGCGCGUGCUGGCUGUUCUCCAGGAGAUGUUGGUGCUCCCGCAGACCCCGUCCUCUCUGGUGUCCCUGCUCACUGAGAAGCUCCUCCUCCUCAUUCCCGACGACCACAGGCGCAUCCAAACGGUGGCCGAAAUCAUCUCGGAUGUGAGGGAACCCAUCAUGGAGGUGGCUCAGCCAGUGGAUGAGAGCGCCAGCCGGCGCCAGCAGGUCCAGCUCGCAGAGGUGAAGGUGCGCAUCAUGGAGGCCAAGCAAACCCUGGAGGACUGCAUCGUGGCGCAGGAUUUCAGCCAAGCAGCAGAGCUGAAGAGCUCCAUCACAGACCUGGAGGCCCGCCGGAACCAAAUCAUCCAGGAGAUGGCAGAGAGCAAUCAGCCAGCAGACAAGGAGGUCCGCUCCGAGAAGAGUGACCCAGAGACUCUCUUGAGGUGUCUGACAAUGUGCGCCGAGCUGCUGAAGCAGAUGAACAUCAAGACUCGAAUCGGUCCCACCAUAAGCGGCUUAAUGUCCUCGCUGAUUCUUCCCAGCAUUGCCAACUCCCAGCCAGCCGUGCGCAACAUGGCCGUGGUGUGUCUGGGAACAUGCACCCUGCACAGCAAGGAGCUGGCCAUAACCCACAUGGUGCUGCUGCUGCAGAUUGCCCAGCUGGAUGAGGUGAAGAUCCGGAUCAGCGCUCUGCGGGCCGUCGUCGACCUGUUGCUGCUCUUCGGCUUCCAGCUCCUGUCUGACAGCACGUCCACUCAGACGGCCAAUCCCAGCCCGUCGGCCGAGAAGCAGGACGCGGCUCCGGCCGAGGGCAAGCCGGAGGACACCGCGCAGAGCGUCCUGCUGAUGCUGUCCGAGUUCCUGGACAGCGAGGUGUCGGAUCUGCGGACGGAGGCGGCGGAGGGCCUGGCCAGACUCAUGUACACGGGCCGCAUCUCCAGCGCCAAAAUGCUGUCGCGCCUGAUCCUGCUGUGGUACAACCCCGUCACCGAGGACGACACGCGCCUGCGCCACUGCCUGGGCGUCUUCUUCCAGCUCUACGCCCGCGAGAGCAGAGCCCACCAGGAGGUCGUGGAGGAGAGCUUCCUGCCAACAAUCCGGACGCUGGUGAACGCCCCGGCCACCUCCCCCCUGGCCGAGGUGGACAUCGGUAACGUGGUGGAGCUCAUCGUGGAGCUGACCCGCCAGAGCGCACUCAUCAGACCCCCCUCCAACACCGAGGAGGUGUGCGUCCACGACUACCUGGCCGUGGUGAAGGAUCGAAUCUGCCUCCGUUCUCUGGAGAAGAUGAUGCACCAGCUGGUGGAUUCUAAAGAGCAGGCUGAGCUGCACAGCGCCCUCCAGCCUCUGGACGUCAACGCAGACGAGGCUGCAACGGACGAUCCAUCAAAAUCUGCCAAGAGACCCAAAAGAGGUCAGAGAAAAGCGGCAACCGGCAAAGCGGGCAGAAAACUAAGCAGGAGGGCGGAGUCAUCAGAGGAGAGCGAUGGGGAAAACGUGCCCGAGUCGGUUCCCGCCGUGCGUCCAUCACGGAGGGCUAAGACAGCGGCUCUGGAGAAGACCAAACUGGACCUCAACACCCUCAUCGAUCAGGAAGCCAACGUGUGA